UUUUUUUUUUUUUUGGAUGUUGAAUGUUGAAUGGCAAAACAUCACGUUGAAAGAAAGAGAGCAGCAGCUGAGUAUCCACCUCGCCUGGCUCUCCUUCUCGUUCUCGCUCGCAGGCAGUGGCGUAGCCCUGGGCAGCGGCCCAGUACACGUGGGCCCCCUUUGCGUCCGCGAGCCUCUGAACUUGCCGCGUGGUGAGUUUGCCGGCCAAGCGAGGUGGCUAUCUCUCGGCCUCUCCGUCUGCCUGCUCAUUCGUCGUCCAACAGCCGUCGCGUCGUGGGAGUGUGUGCGUCGCGUGUUGUGCGUGUGUUUGUGCGCUGGCCGUUCAAUUUGUGUGAAGUAAUAAGCGUAAUUAGUUUGUUUCUGUUUCUGCUCUGCCGCGAACUGCAAUGAAUUCUGCAUGGAAAACGACACUAAACGCGUGAUUUUGUGAUUUUGCAGUUCUGAACCUGGCGGAUAGAGCGAUUCCGUCGAGUGGAACCGAACCGAAAAAAGAAGAGAAUCGCACACAAACAUUCAGAGGCAGCGAUGUCCACCGCCGUUGAAUCGGGGUCGUCGCCUGCCAAGAGCAACAACAACAACAAUAAUAGCGGCAGCAACAGCAGCGGCAACGGCAAUCCCAGUCCAAAUGCAAAAGGCGUGCAACGGCGUCAACUGCGAGAGCGAAAGCAACGCAAGCUCUACCUAGAUGAAUGGUCGCUGGGUGAUGAUGAUGGCGAGGGAACGCGAGGCUUCAGCGUCGCCGAGAAGCUCGAAUCCUCGAAGUUCGCACAGGCGGGAAUGGUGCGGGAGAUGCGGGGCAGCGAUCUCACCGUGGCAUUUCUGCAACAGCACGGCUUCAACAUACCUCUGCUGUUCCGGGACAAGGCCGGACUGGGCCUACGGAUGCCCGAUCCGAACGAGUUCACGGUGAACGAUGUGCGGCUGUGUGUGGGAUCCCGGCGACUGCUCGACGUGAUGGACGUAAACACGCAAAAGAAUCUGCAGAUGACGAUGAAGGAAUGGCAGCAGUACUACGACAGUCCGCAAAAGGAUCGGCUGCUCAAUGUGAUCUCGCUGGAGUUCUCGCACACUCGCCUGGAUAGGUUCGUUCAGAGCCCAGAGAUCGUGCGCCAGAUCGACUGGGUGGAUGUGGUGUGGCCCAAGCAGCUUAAGGACGCCCAGCGGGAGGGCACCAACCUGCUGGGCGGCAUGAUGUACCCCAAGGUGCAGAAGUAUUGCCUGAUGUCGGUGCAGAACUGCUACACGGACUUCCACAUCGACUUUGGCGGCACUUCGGUGUGGUAUCACAUUCUGCGUGGCAGUAAAGUCUUCUGGCUGAUUCCGCCCACAGAUCGCAACUUGCAGCUGUACGAGAAGUGGGUGCUAUCCGGCAAACAGGCGGAUGUCUUCUUUGGCGACACUGUGGAGAAGUGUGCUCGCGUUUAUCUCACGGCCGGGAACACCUUCUUCAUACCCACCGGAUGGAUUCAUGCUGUAUACACCCCUACUCAGUCGCUUGUCUUUGGCGGUAAUUUCCUGCACUCCUUUGGGAUUGUUAAGCAAUUGAAAACGGCCAGUGUGGAGGAUAGCACGAAGGUGCCGCAGAAGUUCCGGUACCCCUUCUUCACCGAGAUGCUGUGGUAUGUCCUCGCUCGCUAUGUUCACACGCUGCUGGGACACUCGCACCUGAACGGCGAGCCUUCGAUGAACGAGGAGGAAAUGGCCGCCCGUCCCCACACCCACCUUACGCAUCACGAGCUCUUUGGCCUUAAGGAGAUCGUGAUGUAUCUGUACGACUUGCCGCCGCAAAAGAAAAAUGUGCCCAGUUUGGUCCUGGAUCCCGUAGCUUUGAUCAAGGAUGUUCGAUCGCUGGUGGAGCGGCACUGCAAGGAUCAACAAGAUCUCGCCAUCACGGGCAUCUCCGUGCUGAAAGCCCCGUCCGGCUCGCAUCCCCCCUUUCUGCUGUACGAUCGCACCCGGGUCAAGCAAGAGAUUAAGCAGGAGAUCGCGCGCAAGAAUGCCGAGGUGAUACGCGAGCAGCAGCAGCUGGAGGCUGGCCGGGCAAGGGAGGCCGAAUCGGAUGCAUCGCAGUCAACGGGAGCGGGCUCGGUCAGCGGUAUGGGUGCUGGCAUCGAGUACAGCAAUGGAGUGAUGAAGAAGGAGCAGCAGUUGGAAAACGGCGCAGCCUCAGCAGGUAUCACAGGCAACGGCUCACAGCCAGAGGCCACCUUUGUUCUACCCACGGAUACGCUAAAGUAUCGCCCGCCCAAGAAGAUGCAUUUGGCAAAUGCCGUGGCAGCUGCCGCCAGUAGCAGCAGCAAUAGCAUUGGUGCCGGAUCUGGUGGAUCCAUUGGAGGACUGGGCGGCGGAUCUGCAGUCGUGGGAAGCAGCCAUAGUCCGACCAGCGGUGGAGGAGUGGCUCCUGCAGCAGGCACUGGGAGCGGAGCCAUCAGUGUAAUUGCCACUUGCUCGAGCUUUAGCGAUGGUGGCGGGGCAGCCAGCCUGGACAACUGCCCGUCUCCGGGAGAGGGUGGGGCCAAGCUAUCGCCCAAUCUAACCGGCACCGGGCAACCUCGCAGGCGCCGGACGCGUUGCAAGAACUGUGCCGCCUGUCAGCGAUCUGAUUGCGGCACCUGUCCCUUUUGCAUGGACAUGGUCAAGUUCGGUGGCCCGGGAAGGGCCAAGCAGACGUGCAUGAUGCGCCAAUGCCUGUCGCCCAUGCUGCCGGUCACGGCACAGUGUGUUUACUGCCAUCUGGACGGUUGGCGACAGACGCCAGUAUCGCCGCAGACCAAACAACUGGCCACCAUCGAUGGGCCAUCGGCACUGAUGGAGUGCUCCGUCUGCUACGAGAUUGCGCAUCCAGAUUGUGCUCUGUCGCAGCUAGACGGCACUGAGGACGCGGCGGAUGCCAAGGGCAUUGUGAACGAGGAUUUGCCCAACAGCUGGGAGUGUCCCAGUUGCUGUCGUUCCGGCAAAAACUACGACUACAAGCCCCGUCACUUCAGGGCACGUCAGAAGUCCUCCGAGGUGCGUCGUGUUUCCGUUUCGCAUGGUCCCGGUGGCGGAGGAGCAGGUGAUGGGGGUCACCAGGAGGGAACGCCUCUUCUGCCGCCUCCGGUGGGGCAGUACAAUGAUUUUGUCUUCACCAGCGAGUCGGAAAUGGAGUCGGCGGGAACAGCUGCCAGCGGCCAUAUGACGCACUGGAAGCACGGAAUGAAACGCCAUCACCAGCUGGAGGUGAAGACGGAGCGCAACAACAGCUGUGACACUCCAUCGCCGGGAAUCUCACCGAAUGCGGCAGGUGUUGGCGAGUCGAAAGGAGGAAAGCGGCGCAAGAGCGACGACGGCACAAGCGUCAGCAGCAGCAUGCAGGAGAGCAACGAUGCCCCGUGCAACUCCUCGGUGGAUGGAGGAGGAGGAGGUGGAGGGGCUGCCAAUGCCAAUGCCUCCAACAAUCAGUGGAGCGGCAGCAGUGGAGGAAGCGGCUCGCGCAAGAAGAACUCGAUACGCUCGCAGCUCGCGCAGCAGAUGUUGAACUCAUCGUCGCGGGUGCUCAAAAAGCCACAGUACGUGGUUAGACCAGCGGGAGGAGGAUCCGGCUCUGCUUCGGCCAGUGGCAAUGGCGGCGGUUCAGGCGGUGCAGCCGGCACGAAUGGAAUGAGCAAUGGAGGCAACCAAAGCGGAGUCAACUCCAGUGGCAACGGAGAGCGCGCCACCAAUAACGGAGGAUAUAGCGGCUCGAACAACGGCCUGGGAAAUCAGCAUCACAGCUCUGGCCAGAAUCUGGCACUGGAUCCCACAGUGCUGAAGAUCAUAUUCCGCUACCUGCCACAGGACACGCUCGUCACGUGCUGCUCGGUGUGCAAGGUGUGGUCGAACGCAGCCGUCGAUCCCGAUUUGUGGAAGAAUAUGAACUGCUCCGAGCACAAGAUGUCCGCUUCCCUCCUGACCGCCAUUGUGCGCCGCCAGCCAGAGCAUUUGAUCCUGGACUGGACGCAGAUCGCCAAGCGGCAACUGGCAUGGCUGGUGGCCCGCCUGCCGGCGCUCAAGAAUCUCUCGCUGCAGAACUGCCCCAUCCAGGCGGUGUUGGCGCUGCACACCUGCCUCUGUCCGCCGCUACAGACGUUGGAUCUGAGCUUUGUGAGGGGAUUGAAUGACGCCGCCGUAAGGGACAUUCUGUCGCCACCCAAAGACUCGCGACCGGGACUGAGUGACUCGAAGACCCGGCUAAGGGAUCUCAAGGUGCUGAAGCUAGCGGGCACGGAUAUAUCCGAUGUGGCCGUGCGCUACAUUACGCAGAGUUUGCCGCACUUGCGACAUUUGGACUUGUCCUCCUGCCAGCGGAUCACGGAUGCGGGCGUGGCACAAAUUGGCACCUCAACCACUGCCAUUGCCCGACUCACGGAACUCAAUCUUAGCGCCUGCCGGCUGGUGUCGGAGAACGCAUUGGAGCACCUGGCCAAGUGCGAGGGCCUCAUCUGGCUGGACCUGCGCCAUGUGCCCCAAGUGAGCACCCAGUCGGUUAUACGCUUUGCAAGCAACUCCAAGCACGAUCUCUGCGUCAGGGACAUCAAGUUGGUGGAGCGCAGGCGCCGCAACUCGACGACAAUGGCCAGGAGCUGGCACCAUGACUGAGCAACUGGCAACAGGCGAAGAAGGGGAGGCCCUUUUAACAUUAAUCUUACGUAUUAGGAGAACGGGAGAAAUCUUUUUAAGAAUGAAAUCCUCGAAUCUAAGACCCUCGAUUCCGCGCCCGAUUGCAAGCCAAAGAGCGUCGUCGAGCCCAUUGCAUUGCUGGAGGUUGUUGCUGAAUGGAUUUGCUUAUGAUGGCAACUACAUAAGGUGAUCUCUUUGCUUUUGUUUGUUUUUCUUUACAAAGCCAAGGAGAGCAGCUUGUAUAGUUUCAUCAUUAAUUAGCGGCCAGGAUGGGAUGUCCGCUUCAGUCUGUUGCUUGUCCGCUUUUUUGUAAAUUGCUGGGACUGCACAUGGUAUUGAAUUACCCUGCUUAACAUUCUGGUUUCAAAUUCCUGAUGGUGAUUGAUAGUUUCAGCAGUGAUCGGGCUUCAGUAAAUUUUUCAUAAAAUUUAUAAUAAGAUGCUUCAUUUAUUUCGAAGACUAUAUAUAUUUCUUUUUACAAGAAAUAAUCUCGCAAUAAUUGACUCUUUCAAAAGUGCAAAUAAUAUUGAUAAUGGUUUCAAAUGCAAUUUGUUUUUAGUAUUUCUAGGAUAUUCUAUACAUUCAGUUCUUUCUCACCAAAUCCUCCACUCUCUUUUCGAGGCAGUGCAAAGGGCUGAGCUUCGGUUUUGCCGAAGGUACUUGGCAGUAGUUGCUCCGUUUCAAGGUAACACGCCCAAAUCCAAAACACACACACUCGGACCUAGCGUAGUGAUUAAGAUUAGCAUUCCUGCGACGAUAGUAGUUACAUUUAAUCAGUGUCAUAUAUGUAAGUAAGCUGGCAGAGAUGGAGGGAGAGCCGCACUAGGUGCACACUACCCAGCCACAACCAGCUUAAGUAGAUUCAGCUCGCAGCACAGCAUCCAAGAGCGGUGGUGCGUUUCGGAACGAUAAGAGCCUGGACAACCCCCUUUUAAAAUCCACAAAUUUGGCCUUACUCUCGAUGCAAUUUAAACUAUAAACGUUGCAGCACUUUCGUUAAGCCUUACAGUUCCGACUCGCACUGCCGCAGCCCUAAUACCGCACCCAUCCCAUCCCCACAUCCUCCGAUCCCCGGUAGCAGUUAAAAAAUAGUGAUAACUUGGCUAAAAUCUAUAUAUAUUUAAUUGAGAGUGUGUAAGAAUUAUGCAAGUAAGCGCAUAAAUAUAUAUUAAUGUUUUACAGAAUUACAUCAUUGCAAAAUAUAGUAUAAUGUUUCAAGAA